GCGGACGACCCCGAAUGGUUAGUAGAGCAGAUGUUGGAGAAGCACAUAUCGAAAGUCAUCAAGCCUCUGAAGGGGGCUCAAGUGGACACAGACAGUUUCUCGGAAGCUCUCAAACCGCGGCAUGUGGCGCUGUCGUUGGUGGGCGAACCAGUGAUGUACCCGAGAAUGGCCGAUUUUCUCCGAGUUAUGCACAGCCCUCCGUACAGUAUGUCGACGUUUUUGG